AUGACUUCCAACUACAAUCUCAGAAGGGCCGCUAACCCAGCCCAAGACCAGGCGGGAGGGUUGGCCGGCGAGCCCGACUUGCAGUCUCAGUCGCAGACCACACCCGGGCUCCAGUCGCAAACAAGCCAGCAGAAGAGCCAGCAGAGUACUUUCCAGAGCUCGGAAUCCACGAAGCAGUCCUCCAGUGACAAUGUCCAAUGGGGCAAUCAGCCUGGAGACUUCAGUGCCUCGGAGACGAAUCCAAAGCCGCCUGGAUCGUACCAUUUCACCAGUGACCAGCUGUCUCAUCCUCAGGAGUAA